AGGAUGUGGUGGUGUAAAGUUUUACUUGUAUCUCUCCUGGGCUUCGAGUUCGCGCAAACCUACAAGCAUAUCCAAUAUCCUGAACCACGGAAUGUUUCCCUGGUUGCAGUUGCUCUUUCAGAGAUAAUCAAUGGACUGCGUCCAGGAUCUGUAACAAUAUUAGCCUUGAAUAAUUCACUGAGCGAGGACAUCGAUGACUUCAUCUGUAAAAUCCACGAGCUCCAUUUCAAAAGCUGCAUAUUCUCCGAUCUGGAAAAAUAUUUCAAUUUUAUCGAAAGCACCAUAUCAGGGUCCGCACAAAGUUGGAGUUUAAUAUUUUUUGAGCCGUCUGAGUUAGCACGAGAAAUACACGCCAGGAACCUGGCCCAUCGUUUGGCCUUAUUCAUAUUUUACUGGGGAACCGAAAAACCUCCUAAGAGUUCGACUGUGCGAUUUGAGGAGCCAAUUCGUGCGGCAGUUAUAACACGACCAAGGAAAGCAGCGUUUCACGUAUUUUACAACCAAGCUACACCCAAAGGGAAGAGCAAUUUGCGCCUCGUUAAUUGGUACGAUGAAGAGAGUUUGGGAUUAUACAGGACUCCUUUGCUGCCUGACUCUUCCAAUGUGUAUUCAAAUUUUCAAGGAAGGGUGUUUAAUGUGCCGGUUAUACAUUCACCUCCUUGGCACUUUGUCCUAUAUCUCAACCAAACAGCAAAUUCCACUACAAACAUGACUACAAAUGUUCCGGGCAGAAAACUCAAAGUAAUCGGUGGACGCGAUCAUCACCUCCUGGAACUAAUCGCUAACAAAAUGAACUUCAAGUUUCAGUAUGUAGACCCACGAGAGCGGACCCAAGGAUCAUCGGUUGGUUCAGAGCGCAAAUCUCUGUUUACUGGAGGACUAGGGAUGAUCCAAAAUCGGGAAGCCCAUUUUCUCUUCGGCGACGUGGGAUUAAGUUGGGAGAGGCGAAAAGCUGCUGAGUUUUCAUUUUUCACACUUGUUGAUUCAGGAGCGUUUGCGACUCAUGCUCCAAGGCGGCUUAACGAAGCACUUGCUGUUGUACGACCUUUUCAAGCUAAUGUUUGGCCAUAUUUAAUAUUGACCGUCCUAUUAUCGGGACCAAUGUUUUACUUCGUUAUUGCCAUGCCAUACUUUUGGGAGACAGAAGAGAAGGCGUUCGAAGAAGUUCGAAGGAAAUGUUCUAUAGAACUAUAUCCGGAAUAUAUCAAUGAGAUAACACUAGUUAAGCCGUUCAAGCACCCAAGAAAGGAUCAAUUGAAAAAGAAGAUGCCGAAAAACCUAUUUUCCAAGUGUACUUGGUUUACGGUACAACUUUUCCUGAAACAAUCAUGUUCUGAACCAUACAAUGGAAUGAGAGCUCGCUUUCUGAUAAUUGUCUACUGGGUAGCAGCAACGUAUGUCCUUUCUGAUGUCUACUCAGCCCAACUAACAUCGUUCUUUGCUAGACCCGCUCGUGAAAGUCCAAUCGACACACUGUCAAAACUGGAAUACGCUAUGGAAUAUCGCGGUUAUCAGUUAUUCAUAGAAAAAGAUAGUUCUGUUCUUGAAAUGUUGGAGAAUAGCACUGAAAUAUUUAGACGCCUAUAUAAACUGAUGAAGCAGCGCGAUACCAAAUAUGAAGGAUUUCUAAUCAAUUCUAUAGAAGAAGGAAUACAGAGAAUUUCAAAUGGAGCUGAAAAUGUCAUCCUUGGAGGCAGGGAAACACUUUAUUUCAAUAUAAAACGAUAUGGUAUAAACAAUUUCCAAUUAAGUCAGCAACUAUAUACGCGAUACUCAGCUGUAGCAAUGCAAAUCGGAUGUCCCUUUUUGGAAAGCUUCAACAAAGUAAUCAUUCAUCUUUUUGAGGGUGGUAUAAUGGACAAAAUAACAAACAGCGAGUAUGAAAAAAUGCUUGCGGUUAAAGAUUUAAACAGAGGAAGUGAGGGACAGUUUAAGAAAAAUGAGAAUAAACAAAAAUAUUCUGUAUUUGAUUCAAAUCCGCAACCAAUCAAUUUAAGAAUGCUGCAAGGUGCGUUUAUUAUAUUACUUUUCGGAAAUACACUAGCUGCGACCAUAUUGCUAAUCGAAAUCUCGAUAUAUGAGAAUAAUAUUGCGCUCUAUGUAUCCAUUUUGAAUGCGAUUAGAUCUUUAUAUGUUGCACUACGCAAACUAGCUGCAUGGCUUCUACAAUGGAUUCAACAAACUGCACUACCGUCCCUACAUCUUUGAACACAUAUUUCACAAAAAUUACAAUUUUAUAGGACGCUAGAUCAUUAAUGCAAGAAAUAUUAUAUAUAAGAGGACAUUAAGAUGAAAUAAGACUAAAAAUAAAAAUACUUAUUUCAAAAUUAUCUUAAGCCUUUGGCAAACAGAAAACGAUCUGUCUCUCAGCAUAUGGCAUUGUCACACACAACGCGAUAUCUUAUAAGCGAUCCAUUAUGAUUACUUUCUAACGAACAGCUUCAGUAGCAUCAAAUAUUUCUCAUAAAUUUUGAGUCAAAAUAAGGAAAUAAAAUUAAAUAGGUUGACAAAAUAAUUUCCUUUAUUGGCUAAGAAUUUGAUGAAAAAAAACAAAUACAGUAUUCCGGGGACCAACUGCCCCUUUUUCAGUUUCAGAAAAGAUGAAAUCCUGAAGUCCCUAAAAUACUGCUAUUCUUCUCAACCCGUUCAAUUUUAUUUAAACUUUGUCCAACUAACCACCUCCUAACUUAAGUUUUAAAAUGAGUAGUUCAGACGAAGGGGUACCUUACUCCUUGUUUGAGCACUUCAAUGCAUCAAAAGGAAAGGACAAUAUUGGGUGCAUGACAUGAACAUGAAAGAAGAGUACUUGGAAAACAUCAUCAUCUCAGUUGUGAUCUGCAAUCAAACGAAGACAGAUUCUUCUAAUAUUUCUAUUUGUAUUGAAAAAUUUUCGAAGAAUUGCAUCACCUAGUACAAUCUAGCAUUGAAAAGUGCACAAUGAAUUGGAGAAAACCAAUUGAAACGAAGAAAAGAUUAAUAAUUUAUUUAAGAUAAAUUAUGGAAAAAUUCUUUAUAAACAAUUUAAAGUUCUAAGAUUUUACUAAUUUAUCAUUGAAAUUCAAAGCAAUACAAAACAACAAAAACUAGAGGGCAGGGCCAAAUGCACUUUUUGUGACGACACUUGCAAACAUAGUAGUAUCAGAGUUUAGUUUUAGUUUUCAAAAUAAUUUUUUUUUUUUUGAAAAAAUGUCGAACAGUAAUAAUGUAGAUUGAAAAAAAUGAACGA